AUGAAGCUCAUCAAAUCUAUUUUCUUGCUAGCAGCUACUGUUUCUGCAGCGGCGCUUGCGGUUACAAAUUCCUCAAGCAUAAUACAGAAGAGAAAUUUCGCUGACUCAUGCAGCUGGAACUUCGACGGACGCUAUUUGACAGCGCACUGCAAAACCUAUGAUAAACAAGUCGUCUUUGCAGAAAUGGAUCUCGACCUUUACAUUGGCAACCUUGAUGGGACGUUGAGACAUCCAGGAGACUUUGGGCAUGUCCCGAGGUGGGCUGCCAUUAAUAUCGGGAACUUCAUUGAUAACAUUGAUGGUUUGAAAGUCUGGCGGAUAUGGAGCUGAGUUGCGUGCGCUUUGAACUGAGGAGUUAAUAAGUCGCUGGACUACAAAGUUUAAUGCAGCUCUUCCAAUUCUGCAUCCAAGAUUUGAGUACCAUUGAGUAUCACCGAGCACUAGCUCAAUACCCAAACAUGAAUCUACAACCUGUUCCCAGCCUUGACCAUCAUCGUCAAACAAGCAAUAUUCCCACUCCACCAACACAGAGUCCUGAGCGGAGAAUACUGCUCAGUCUCAAUCGCGAUGUAUGUAACUCCAUACAUCAUUCUCGCGACCGAAUAUGCCGCCAUCAACCCAUUCAACGUCGGUGUUGGAACACCUGCGUAGAGUGCAAGCAGCUGGAAAGUUGUCAGCCAAUCCUAUCACCAUAAUUUCCCCUUUCCCGACCCUAUAGAUACCAAGAGUGUGACCUACUGUGCCGGCAACAAACA